CACUAGCUCUUCACUAACUCAACUCUGUGGAAUCAAAUAAUCCAAAGGAAUUUUAUACGUCUCUUCUCUUACAAAAAGCUCACCAUUCAAACCUACGCGCCGCCGCGUCUCCGCCAAAGCUUUCAUUUUUACAUCCGCUUAAACAAAGGCUUUUUGCAGUUUCAACAAUUUGUCGACACAAAAAAAAAAUGUCUAGUUUUGGAUUGUCACAUUUGGUGAAUGUUAAGAACGAUGUUGUUUUAAGGAAUUUAUGGAGUCAAGAUUUGAGCUUUUUUAAAAAUGGUGAUAAAAGAUUUGUUUUUUCAAUGAAGAGGAGACAAAGGGUAGUGAUUUUAAGCUUAGCUCACCGGCCUGAGGCGGAGGCUGAGGCGGAGGCGCAAGCUGGUGCUGCGAAGAGUAUAGUAACUAAGGGAAGUAGUGAGAGUAGUAUUAGGAAAGAAGAAGUUAGGAUUUUUGGGGAAGCUAAAAUUGAUGCAGGAAAUGGUGGGGGUUCUUUUUAUGGGAAUGGUGGCAGUGGUGGCGGUGGUGGAGGAGACGGCGGUGGUGAUGGAGGUGAUGGUGAAAAGGGUGAUCCUGAAGAAGAAGAAUUUGGACCAUUAAUGAAGUUUGAGGAUGUAAUGAAGGAGACAAAUGCUAGAGGAGCUACUCUUCCUUCAGACAUGAUGGAGGCUGCAAAGACUGUUGGGAUUCGUAAAUUGCUUCUUCUUCGAUAUUUAGAUUUGCAGGGAUCAAGUUGGCCUUUAGGAUUUGCAAUGAGGUCAUGGGGAAUGCUUAGAAACCGAAUGUUAGCCGACCCCUCUUUUCUUUUCAAAAUCGGAACUGAGAUAGUGAUUGAUUCGUGUUGUGCUACCUUCGCGGAAGUUCAAAAGAGGGGAAAGGAUUUUUGGGCAGAAUUCGAGUUGUACGUUGCUGAUCUUUUAGUCGGAGUGGUAGUGAACAUUGCUUUAGUUGGUAUGUUAGCACCUUAUGCACGCAUUGGACAACCAUCUAUAUCGAAAGGAUUCCUUGGAGGCAUCCAAAAUGCUUAUAACGCCCUCCCUAGCAGGUUAUAUCAUAAAUUUCUUCGAUAUAGAUUCAGCAUGAUGUGCUUAUUUUAUUGUGUACUUCUGAUAUUUGCGGUCUUGUACAGUGUGUUCGAAGCGGAAAGACCAGGUUGUCGAUUUACGGUAAACCAGAGACUUGGUACAUACUUUUAUAAGGGAGUAUUGUAUGGAACGGUUGGAUUUGCAUGUGGUAUUAUUGGCCAAGGAAUCGCGAAUUUGAUAAUGACUGCCAAGAGGAGCAUGAAAAAAUCGGAAGAGGACAUACCUGUGCCACCUCUUAUAAAGAGUGCAGCUCUCUGGGGUGUUUUUCUCGCGGUUUCAUCUAAUACUCGAUACCAAAUCAUCAACGGAUUGGAACGGUUGGUGGAGGCAUCACCAUUGGCCAAACAAGUUCCACCCGUUGCAAUGGCGUUCACCGUCGGCGUGCGGUUUGCCAAUAACAUAUAUGGCGGGAUGCAAUUCGUAGAUUGGGCUAGAUUGAGUGGUGUGCAAUAAACUACAAACAUGGUUUUCAUGUACUUUACCUAUAAAUAUCCCCUAUUUAACCAUUUGGGGGGGGGGGUGGUUAGAGUUAUGCUGUUAAACAUCAAUGUUUUAGGCACAAAUCUUUUGAAUUAAAAGAUGAAUUGUUUGGUUGUAAGGCUGAAAAAGCAAAAGAAUGUAAUGCACUUUUGAUUUGAGUCCUCAAAGUAUCAUAUUGUAGCAA